CGAUAAAAUUGAAAUCACAUUUGCGCUCGUCCUGUCAGUGACAAACCUGACCAAUUAUGGACGGCGGCUACCAGCAGUACCAGCUGCGGCAGAAGAAGGCCAAGGAGCAGGCCCAGUUGCUGAAAAAGCAGAAGGAAGAGAAGCGGGUGAAAACCCUGUCCGACUACACGGCCGAGGCAAAAACCAAGCCGUAUCCCCAGAUCCGGGGGUCGAAACUGCGCCAAUCUUCCGCGCUGGCACCGAUCUCCGAGCCGGCGGAAUGGCUGGAGCAGAGUAGCAGCAAUCGAGAUGGCGGGGCGGGAGGUGGCAUCAUAGGCGGCGCGAUCGGGGAGGAGGAUGACGAAUUUGAGUCACUCUGGGCGGAGGUGGGCAUGAGUGGAGGGAGUGGUUCGUCCGGGACAGAAGAUGCCAGUGCAACAACGACGUCUUUGACUUCGAAAAACAACACCGGGAGCAGCAGCAGCGCGGGACUGUCUACUCGCGGGCUGCUGGCGGGAGGGACGGCUUCUGCAGCGUCCACCCCUAGCAGCUCCUCCUCAGCGCAACAGGGGUCUUACCUUGCGGAAUACGAGAAAAGAAGGAAGCUGUCGGGCGGCAUUGCGUCAACUACAUCUGGAGGCGCAACACCAUCUUCAUCGAGCAGUGCCGGUAAUAAUGGACUUAAACUCUCCUCAAGCUACGGUGUGGUGGGGCGCUCGAAAAAUGGAAGUUCUGGUGGAAUCUCUGGAGCUGCGUCGUCUUCAACAUCGUCCACGCCGGCGUCGUCUACAUCUACGACUGCAACUAAAACCAAGCCAAAGUUCACUCCGGAACCGCGACAAGCUGCUCAGAUACCGGAGGCAGGAACUACUGCUUCUUCAACAUCAGUAGGAGCACCUCCGUACUACUCCGCACGGUCAGAAGACCACGAGGCAGAUGAAAAGAAGAACGCCACCAUCGAGCACGCCAUGCGUUUGCUGGGUGCGGACGCGGAGGACAGUGCGUCUUCGUCGUCCAGUAGCUCGGCCGCGGCUUCACCUGUGGAGGACAAGAGCCAUGAUGACUCUGCUGAAAAUAAAUCUUCCUCGUCGCUGCAGUCACAGAAGAUCAUCGCAAGCCAACCAAACACCUUCGUCGACGUGAAGCCGACAAAACUGAUCAAAAACCAUUCCGGGGAAAGCAUCGACGACAGUUUGGACGAGACCACAGGAAAAGCGGUACUGGGCCCGAAGAUCCACUUGGUUGCCAGUGAUGAGGACGACUUGUCAGAUGCGAGUCCAACGACGGGAACUACUGGACUGGGGGGAGGAGACAAUUUAAAUUUCAACACCACUUCCGAGUCAAACUUUCUCAAAACCUUGCACAUACUGGAGGAGGACGUGAAGCCUGGUAGUAGUUCAUCAUUUCCAGCGGCUGAUGGACUUCCAACCGACAAGAAAGUAGAAGUCAAAGUCGACACACUGUUUGAAGACGUCGAGAGUGGAAAGAGCAUGCAAAAGCGAAGUACAGAUACAGAAACCACUUCCCCUCCGCCAGGACCAGGGAUGAAGCAAGCAGCUCAUAUGUAGUGAGGUCACCGAACGGUUCUAACCAGGGAGUUUUUUUGACAGCUACCCUGAAAAACGACCGGCAGUUUUCAAGCGGCCGGAAGCGUUUUUGCACAUAAAAAAUUUGCACUUAUCAAGCGGCCGGGGCUUUGAAGUCAAACAAGCCCGGUGGAAAGCUAUCGAUUCGCACUUGAUAAAACGACGCAGGGGAGCCGGCAAAAGGGGCGCCCUUCUGAGGCGCCCACCGCCUUGAUUUCUGGCGAUUUGGGGCGCCCAAAAAGGGGCGCGCAAAGAACGCGCUCAAAAUCAGAACAGCGAAGCAGCAUGGCACGGCCGCGAUUUCGGAGCACUUUAGGCGGCCGCGAAAGCGGCCGCCUUUUCGCCGCUUUCAGAGCCUGGGAAGCUUUGCAAAAAGCGCCGGCGUGAAAAAUAAAAACGCGAAAAAGAAAAAGCGCCCCAGACGCGCAAAGCCAAUCCGCAUGCUAUGGGCCCGAUUUUUCUUCGCUUUUUGGGCGCCCCCCGUAGCACCCGGAUCGGCCCCAUAGCAUGGGGGCUGGCUUUCGGAAAGGAAUUUCGGGAAUUCGCCAAAAUUUGUGACGUUUCUCAAGUGACCGCCAUACCGUGCGGCAUAACGUUCCUCACGGUGGUAUGGCGAGCCCAAAAAAAGCAAAGCCGCGGCCAAGGCGGCGGUCGGCAAAAAAACGCCCACGACCUCACUACCCCCGCCCCGGCGGCUAUAUUUCGUAAUUCCCCGACCGUCGUUGGCGCAGUUCAUCCGAGCGGCACCACCUUCGAGAGAUUCGACGUGAGUGACGAGGAAUCUAGUUCAGAUGAGGAAGACGACGGCACGUCUGCGCCUGGAAUCAUCGGCGAGGAACACUCCGAGGAGGGGGACUCGGUUUUGCCGCAUGUGAAAGUCUAUCAAAUGGAAAAAUGUCUGGGUCUGGAAACUUGUAAUACUGCGUUGGGAAUAGUGAAUGCCCUGUAAUGCACAGCCAAGCAUGAGAAAUAUCUGCGCUUUUUUGUGUUCGCGUUUUUCGCAUGACAAACUACGUUAUUGCAUGACAGGCAAAAGGGUCUCUUCUUGGACACGCAUCGCAAGCUUUUUGGUCAUGCCAGACAAGCAUGACAAAUCUCGCAAUCUUGCAGACCCAGACAUAUUUACAAUUCACAAAGUCGAUUUGGACACCAGUUCGGUGAAGGAAGAAAAUGAAAAUGAAAAUUCGUUUGAAGGCGCGGCUUCAGGGAGCAGGCAGGGGAAAGUGAAAGACAAACAAGUAGUAGAUGCUCCGGCUGGAGGGGACGGCGACUCUGACACUUCCGAAGAGGACGGGGGAAAUGAGGACGAUUCUGACGGCGAGAUUGAGAGAUUCGACGUGGUACAGCCAGGAGAUGACCAUCAAGACGAGCAAGGUCACCGAGCAGGAACCACAACACUGCACCAACACGAAAUAAUAUCCGCCAGAAGCCCCGGGCAGUCUCAGACCUUCGAUGCUGCGAACGCGACCUCCGCUGCGCAGAGUCCGCUGCAGGACGGCCCGGUCACCGCUGAGGAUGAUGAUGUGAUUUGGCCGAGUAACGAAGAAAAAAGUGUUAACGUAGAAAACGGUUUUCACGGAAGAUUCCAGUCAUGCAUUUACAGAUUUUGCCUACCACGCAUGCUAUGCAAUACAAAUUUUGAAAGUCGUGUGCUUCUGCAUCAUGCGUUAUUGCAUCACAGAUUCCGUUAACGUUCCCGCUUUUUCCUGUGAUACCCAGUCACGAAGAAAAAUCCUCCGUCGACGGAUCGGCGACGUCGCCGACGAAAGACCUGUUGAUACCCCUCCCCCGGACAAAAUCCGAGCAGCAACAGGAAAGUAAUGCUAAAUCUGCUUCUGCUUCUUCGGGACCGCGAAGUAGAACCGGAACACUAGUAAACGGGAAGCAGAACGACAACCACAGCGGCGACCAGAUGCAGCUGAGUCCGACUUUAUCUGGGGAGAGAACGCCGGUGGAGAUGCUGCAUGAGGUUUUGGAGUUCCGAGAGCGGAAUUUGCCAAAGGAAAGGGCGGAUAAAAAUUCUUCACCUGCUGGGAGUAGUGGCGGCAACGUCAAGCACUCGCCUACCAGCCCCGUGGUCAGCCCCGCGACGAAAGUGAUUGUGGAGGAUUUGGCAAGGGAAACCGCGGAAAGUAUUCUGUCGAAAUCCACCCGGGGGAUCGGGGAGGGAGCGCCGCAAGAGGGAAGUUAUGAUGCCGAAGCUCCUGUGUUCUUGCAGGACCUGCAAACGAACGAGCAGAACGACGUUUCUAUCGUGAUUCCUUUCUCGCCGAUGGAAGAGCAGGAUGGUGUGCUGGUCAAGGUGGAGAAUGAGUACAAUAUUACGUCGUCUUCACCAGCACGGCCAGGAGACAAAAGCCACAAAGCUGCAGUAGAAAAAGAACGACCAGAUGAGGAAAAGGAUCUCGUCCUCCAGCCGUUCAAACAGGAAAUAUCAAAUGUAAAAAUGUCUGGGUCUGGAAGAAUGCAACUUGUCAUGCUAAAUCUGAAGCAUGCAAAAAUCUGUGUUGCGUGAUUGCCAAAAGUCGCCCACUUUUGACCAAGUCGGGAGGCAGUUUCUCAUGCAGGAUAGGUAUGAGAAAGAUCGCGCAGAAUCUGUCAUGCUAGGUCCUGCAUUCCAGACCUCAUGGGUCAUGGAAAAGCUGCAUGACAAAUCGCGCAUUCUUCCAGACCCAGACCUUUUUACAUUUGAUAGGAAAGGAAGCAAGGCAAUUUGAACAGCGUGUUGGCUGCGUUCCAAGCCGGAAUAGACCAGAUAGAAACGGGGAAAACUACGGACGAUGGUCCUGAUAGUAGAGUAGACGACGGAAGAGCAUCUUCAAACAGAAGAGAGAACAACGAGAUGAAGGGGCAGGCGGCAUCAGGUUCUGCUUCUUCGGGGGCUAGAGAACAAGACGAUGUUGACCAUGCACACGGGGGAGAAACCUCGCCGCUUCCCGCGGGAACUAGGACAGACAAAAACGCCAAUUUUAUCCCACGAAAAAACUGUUUCACUGUGAUGAUUUUGCAAGAACCGCAUGACAAGCUUGUUACACAUGACACAGAAAAUUUGCCAUGCGCGUCCCCCAAGGGAAAACACGCUUGAAAAUCCAAUGUCUUGGAGGUGUAGCAAGACAAAUAGUUCUGCAUUCCGUUUUCUGCAUCACAAGUUCACAGUGAAACAGUUUUUUUCUUGGAUAAAUUUCCUCGCAGAAUUCGAUAUCGAUGACGACCUGGAGGCGAUCUACGCUUCGAUAUGAACUGCAAAAGUAUCGUACUCGUAGUAAUUGCUUGCAGUCAUGCAUUACAAUUUUUUUCCCUGAAGUAAAUCCGCAUGACAAAUUUUCUUUCUCAUGCUGACGGAAUUUGUAAUGCAUUUAUACGAGUACGAUACUUUUGCAAUGCAUAUUCGAACGCUAGGAACAAUAACCCACUGCAGCAUCUAAAUACCUUCACCAAUCAGAAACAAGAAACUAAUCUCGGCAAGAAGAACUCAUCUUCUAGUCGAAACAAAAACGCGGACGGACUUUCCAUGCAGGGCAUGUUGGCGGGAAGCAACACAGCCACACAAUCUAACGUUCCUGAUGGGUCAACAUCUUCUACCACGGGGACCACGACCGCCAAGCAGGAGUUUAUUAUGUCCAGCAAGCCGGCCGGGAAGUCGAAGUUCGUAGCGAGGCAAGACCCCUUCGAAGCGGCGUUGCGACAAAAGAUGCAGAACAAAGAGAAGGUGAGUGGUACUUCUUCUAAGAAUGCGCAGUUGAACUUGAACAACAGCAGUGUAGGGUUGAAAACAGGGGAAACGCCUCCCGAGGAUCCACAAGGCGGAGGUACUAGAAAGGAUUCGACGGAAUUGUUCCAAGAUGCCGACAGCGAUUUGGGGCUCACAUCUCCCGCGUCUUCAGCGAAGAAAAGCCCGACAGGAAAAAAUGAAGAUGAACGAGGUGAAAGAGUAGUAGAACAGGCAAGCAGUAGCAGCUCCAGUAAAAUAAAGAAUGACAGAAAUAAGAAAUCUUCUGCACAAGCGGGCUACUCAGCGCCCAACGUUUCCGAGCAGGUCAGCUCUGUUCUUUCGCAGUACCGCAGGCCGGAUUUGAAGGAAAGCUUGGAGAAACUGGAAAGAGAAAUCAAGGAAUCCAGGGGCUUGGGGAAAAAUGCGAAAAGAAGUGAGGGGGAAGCACAACAGGGGAAGUUACUCGAGGAGGGUUCGGGGAAAGAGUAUUCGUUUUUAUGUAUGAGGAGGUGUGGUCUUUCUAGGCUUGUUAGGGGCGCAAAUGAUCGUAGUUCAUGGAAUAUUAAACUUGCAAGAACUUCUAAAAAUCGCACAAAAACCUAAACCAGCGACGACGACUUCCGUUUCCCGGAUCAUGCGGGUCCCGACUCCAUCCCGGAUGAGCCAACCGACCAGGCGGAAAUAGACCGUUUGGAAAAACAGGAGCGGGCAAUGUGGGACGAACUGGAAAAGAAACCGAAAGUGGCGAAAAAGGGCGCCAUACAGCCGAAAACGCAAGAGUCCCUUAUAACCCGCUCAGGUGUUACAAUCUCAAACGUUGCAAUAGAGUCUGAGUCUUGUCUUGCAUGAUGAGCAUGAUCUAGCCAACUCUCAUAGGGUUGCGCUGACAAGUUCCGGAGCUCCAAACCCCACUACAAUCGGGGGAAAUUUGUAUUGCAAAAGGUGGAUGAACGCUGUGAGAGUCUGUCAUGCCCAUGAUGCAACACAAAUUCCAGAUUCUAUUGCAACGUUUGAGAUUGUAACGCUUGAGUAGGUCAUAUCCCUGCUGAGCUACCGGGAGUUUGUCCAGGACUAUCUCAUGAGCUUGGGGGUAAGUAUGAGUAAGCAGGAAGUAGCACAAGUACUUGUUGGAAUUAGGUCCUCCACGUGUUUUACUGUGUGCACCUUGUUAAGCUUUCACUUUCUGUUAUGGUGCUUCAGUAGAUGGUCUUGCAUGAUUCAGUCUAUGUGGGAAAGAUGAAAAUGAACGUGAUACUCCUGGUGAAGAUGUAUUAGCACAAUAUCCACCAGCAUCACAUUCACAUUAUUAAAUCAUCUUCUAUCCUAUCUUCCCAGGACCAGCCCGGCGCACCAUCUUCGAGCGGCGCCUUUUCCACCGCGCAGUCCCGUAGUACUGGCUCGUCAAGUAAGAGCUCCUCCUCGUCUGCCCUCUGCUGCCUCCUGCCCUCCUCCGCGGCCAUCACCGACCCGGAAAUGCUGCGGGAGAAGCAAUAUGCACUGCAAAUAUGCCAGGCUGGAAGGAUGCAACUUGUGAUGCACAUUUCACACAACACAAAGAUCUGUCAUGCAUACACGGCAAAUGCGUAUGCGGCCCAAAAGUUGGAACCGAAAGAUAAGAUUUGUCAUGUGGAUUAGGCAGUGAGACACGUCGUUCUCAAGACGUGUCAUGCCAGGACUUGCAUGCCAAACUUUCUGGGUCACGCAAAACCUGCAAGACAUCAAACUUCUGCAUUCGCCCAGACCCAGACAUAUUUGCAUUUGAUAAGCAAAUCAUCAACAAACUCGCCUUCCACACCAACUACGAGCCCAGCGGCAACGAAACGCACUUACGCGCGUUGGGGACGCUGUACAAGAAGCUCACCACCUCCCCCACGUCCCUAUGAACUGCAUAUUAGAAAGUAUCGUACUCGCACAAAUGCCAGAUGACUUGCAACAUGACAAAUUUGGCUUCUUAGUUAACUCGGCCUGACAAAUUCCAUUUGUCAUGUUGAGAAAAUUUGAAAUGCGAUUUAUUUCCCUACUAGUACGCUAUCGCUACUUCAACUUCUGCAAUUCAUAAUCCCCCUUGCCGGUGGAUUCCCGGUGGGAGGUGCUCGGCUUCCAGAACACGGACCCGAAAACCGAUAUGGGGUUCUCAAACGUUACAUUCUCAACUGUUAUAUGCUUUCUCAUGGAAAGUGACCAUGACCCGCCAGACGAUCAAGCUGCUGCGCAUGACAAAUUCUCGGCGGGCUAAACAGCACUAUAAUCCGCACCGAACCUGUAAUGCAAGACGCGCAAGAAUCUCCCUCUCACCUGUGCUAGUCUUGCAUUACAAACUCAUGUAUAUUAACAGUUGAGAAUGUAACGUUUGAGAACGGCGCCAUAACCGACCUGAACCGGUUCGGGAAGAUGUGCAACGUGUGGCACUUGCUCCACUUUUACUACAAGGACGGGGCGCUGUAUCACGAGAAAAAAGUAUUACAGUUACACAUUUGUUGGAGUUUCUGCAUCACAAGUUUUCUCUGUGUGGCAAAGGAGACCUGUAAGGCGAAGAUCAUAAGGGAAAACAGGAAGGAAACGAGGCUCCCAAGCAUUUUCUGCAUGAGAAAGGUUGUCUGUGUUGCCGGUCUUGCAACACAUGUAACACUUUUUUCUUGCGAUACGCUGCUGGAGAAGAUGUGGCUCUUGUCGCAGGACUCCGUGCAGGAAUUCCCGCUCUUCUGCACGUCGAUCCAGUUUAUCCAAUGCAAAAAUGUCUGGGUCUGGAAGACUUUGAGAUUUGUCAUGCUUGUCUGGCAUGACCAAAAAGUUUGUGAUGCGUGUCCAAGAAGAGACCCUUUUGCCUGUCAUGCAAAAACGCAGUUUGUCAUGCGAAAAACGCGAAAAAAUAUUUCUCAUGCUUGCCUGUGCAUUACAGAGCGUUCACUAUUCCCAACGCAGCAUUACAAGUUGAAGUUUCCAGGCCCAGACAUUUUUGCAGUUGAUCCAGUUCUCGAAGCUCGUUUUGGAAAUCUUUUACACGCCCACGGAGAUCUAUCGCAGGAAAAAACUGUUUCACUGUAAACUUGUAAUGCAGAAAAAGCAUCGCAGAAGUGUUUGUGUUGCUACACAUGCAAGACAAAUGAUUUUUAGCCGUGUUUUCCCUUAGCAUCCUCGCAUGGCAAGCUAUGUUUGUAUGUCAUGUGUAACGAACUUGUGAUGCAAAACUUGCAAAAUCCUUAGAGUGAAACACUUUUUUCGUACGAUAAGAUCAACCCGGAGCAUGGGGGCGUCAUCGAGGACCAGUACAAGUCGGCCCGGGGGAAAUUGGUCAGGUUUUUGAACUCGGCCAACCUCGGCGUCAUCGACGGGUUGGCCUUUGUGCAGAACGCGCUGUUGUUUGCGUUCUAUGACCGGUGGCAAUCGGAAGUGCUGACGAUAACGGCCUUCGGCAAGGUCUACAAAGACAUCGAGACGGUGUGCAGGACGAAGAACCUGAUCAGUACAGGAUACUUGUGGAUUUAUCAUGCGGUUUUGUGCUAUGAGAAGAGACUUUGUCAUGCUAAUAUACAAAAACAAGGUUUCGUAAACCGGUACAACGAGUACAAAGAGCACCUUCGAAAAGCGAACGACCCAGUAUCGCCGGCUCAGAUAGAACAAUCUCGAAUCGAACAAUUUGUCAUGCAGAAGUGCAGAAACCAGACGAGAUUCUGCUUUUGCGCUCAAUGCAAUACAAGUUGCGGGUACAACUUCUAGUUCUACUUUUACAUUUGUUCGUGUUCAGAUUGCUCCAGCUGAGCAAGGCAUACCCAUCACGCCUCGAGUUUACUGACCUCGGCGGAUCGAGAGCGCAGCCAGCGGCGACGAAGAUGUCAAGGGCUGAGCAAAAGCGGUUGAACCAAUACGCGAAUCAGGAUUGAUGUAGUUCUAGGCGUGGCCCCUCUACUUGAGCUGCAGAGGUUCGAGCUCUAGUAGGGCGCAGAUAAUUUUAUGAAAUAUUUAUCGUGACAAAAAUAUGAUGACGGCAGCGAUAGCAGCAGCGAACUGCAGCACUACAUGAUGAAAAAUUUAUCGACUUAUCCGUGGGUGGUGAAAACAACUGAUCAACAAGAACAAAGGAAGUGUAAGGAGCAAAUCCAGACGAGACCAUUGAAGACACACUGAAUAUUAAAACGCGUUCAAUAUAGUCGCUUGGAUUUUUUGUACGAGCAGAAAUGUUUCAUUGAGCUGCGCCUGCCCCUGCGUGGCAAUUUCGACGUAUGCGCCGUCCCUGAGAAUUUUGAAGUCUAACUCUUUUCGAAAGACCGGACAGUCGCGAUUACCGAAAUUGUUCGCAGGUGAAAUUUUUGAAUCACAUACGGUGGAACCACCUGCGACGCCGGCGAAACAAUUUCAUACAUUCUUCGAAAGACUCAGUACGCGUUUCGGCAGGGGCGGUGUCAGUAU